AUCAGACAAGGUUAUUUUAGGUGAUUGACUUGGCGCUAACAGAAACGAAAUGAAUUCUGAGAAGUACUGUCGCAGAUAUCUCGCGUGAAUUCGAGUAUAUACGAGUUUUACCAACCCUCAAGACACACAACAUGGCUUCAAUAUACAUUUCAGGAUAUAACAGUGAGAUACCAAGCUUUAUGAUUCAGUAUUACUAUCAGUCCGGCGUUGACGAUUUCAAGAAGACCUCCAACAAUAGCUCUAUUUGGAACUGUUUUGAUUUCCACGGCAAUUCUAAGUUGUUUUUACCUUGUCACAAUCGACUGCAUCACCAGUACCAAGAAACUGAACUUAUGGAUUAUCUUACAGUUGUUACACGAAAGACAAUUGGGUUAGUUUAAGGUCUAUUAACACAGCGAUACAAGUGAUAAAAUGGCAUUUACUAAGUCGUUUGUCGCAAGUUCUGACAAGAAAGGAAGCCCAGCAAUGUGGCCGUUCAACAACAUUUUGCAACUUGGACGUAUCGGCAACAACACAGAAGCAUUGUGCCACUCUGAAGUCCAAAAGGAAACCUACAGACCACGGUUCCUACGUUUGGACAGUACGGGUGAAAACAGUAACGGAUUUGAUUUCCGUGAAGCCAGUGAUCGUACCUGCAGAGGGCUUUCUGAUAAUCUCCAGACUGGGGGUAAUCUAAUGCAGACAAAAACCAAGAACCACUACCAGAGUGUGACAGACCGCGUACUUGACGCAGUUCACCAGUUAUUUAACUCUAGUACCGUACUGAAUCAGUCACAGAGAUACGGAGUGCAAUCGUGGCCCGUUUGUGGUUCUGAAUUUGAUUUUAAUUUGACUAAUUUCUGUCGCCAAUACAUUGAUGAAAUUUGCGACUUCAGUCGAGUUAACAAUAAUUUCCACCCGUCGAGAGAGAAUCGCGUAUUUAUGUUUGGCAGGUUGUCAAAUUUGAUAAACAACAUGUAUAACACUACAGCUGGUGCAAUAAGAGACAAUGUUACUUCAGAUAUGUUGAACUCCGGUCAAGUGUGCACAGAACAAAUGACUCAACCUAUGACUAAUAGUUUACAAAUAACACCACAAACGUAUCCAAUAAAUUGUGAUACAACAGAAAAAUUACAGGCAGAGACUAAUACCCAAAAAGGUCACAUUCAGACUGAUGUGAACUCUCAUCUCUCUUCUUGUGGUGCAGUGUUAUCUAACAGUGUGAUUGAUAGUUACCAUGGUGAUACCUGUACUUAUCAGGACUAUUGUGAUACUGAAUGUGGCAAAGUACACUCAUAUCGGACUGAUCAAGCUGGACACAAUGGUUGCAUCAUCUUGCAGGCUGACCAACACCUGGAUGAAAUAUCUCAGUGUAGGAAAAAGUUGAAAUGUUCUUCUUUCUCUGAUUUGAAUAUAUCGACCAGUCAAAAUGAAUUGGUGACUUCAGGGCAGAGUCAAUCGAUACAUACCUCUGAACAGAAUUCAACAAUGCCUGUUGAAAAUUCCAAACCCACAUGCUUACAAAGCUGUACUUCAAAUGACGACAAUUUUAAUGAUUUUCAGCCAUUUGAGUUUUGUCGCAAAGAUCCACUGCUUGAAUCACAGUCUGACAUUUCAUUCCAAAGUAGUCUUAACUGCUCAAGAAAUGACACUACCGAGUCAAUGCUCUUUGAAGUUGCUCAUAGGCUCUCUGCUUGUAGCCUACUAAGCAAUGAAAGUGAUGUGUGCUUCCAGGGAGACACAUUUCUCCAUGGUAACAAGGAUGGAAGUAGUGAUGAUGUAGUUGCUGAUACAGGCUUUGCUAGUAAGAACUCAUCUAGAAGUAUUUCUUUCAUUGUUGGCGGUGAUGAUUUUGACUCUGAUUGGUCAUCUGAUAGUGAUUAUGAUGAAUGUGACAAUGAUGCUGCAGAUUUACAAGAAAGCAUAUGGAACUCUUUUAUGACCUCUGGUGACCCUUACAAUCCAAUAUAUGGAUGGCAAUGUAAUAUGACUGAAUCAACGAAACUUACUAAAACAACUUCUUCACCGAACCUACUAAGUGGUGCAAGCACACCACGUGCCAUCCCUCAUCAUAACACAACCCCAGAAUGCAACUCCUCCAGAAAUUACAUUCUGUUCAAGCACACCUCUACACCAAAGACUUCAAUGGGAGACAGCAUCAUGGAAGAACACAGGACAUUCUAAUAGUGAAGUCAGUAUUGACAUUCAUGAAUAUGAUAACAAACCCUGUCAUACAAAAUUUCAAAGAAGUAUUAGUAAUGCCAAAUCUGCUCCCCACCUGUCACUUGGAAACUCUUCAUCUCUUGAGCAGUCCACAAUCAACACAAAGCCAAAAAAGAAGGUUCAUUUCCCUGACAAAGAGAAACAUCUGGCAGUUACGCAUCAUAUUGUGGCUUGGCGGUACGCUUAUCAAGCAGCUCGUAAAGGUCCUUGGGAAGAAUGUGCCAGAGAUCGCUGCCGUUUUCAGAGACGAAUUGAAGAGACUGAUUUAUCCUUAAGUCCAUGCCUUACUCCAGAACAUCGUGGGAAAAUUUUUAAAAAACUCCAUGCAUGUUGAAUACAACAGUAUUGCUGUCCAACUAGCUGCAAUGGCAGUUGUUGACCACAGUUGACACUAAACGCAGUGCUGAGUGUUUAUGAAUACAGAAAAACUG